UUGAGUGUUUAAACAAAAGAUUUUCGUACUAGAAUAAUUUGGCAUUUUUUGUCGAAGUUAUGAUACGUUCAAUAAAAUAACAGUUCCUUUUUUCACAAUAAAAAUGCAGCCUUCCACUUGCCGGGAGUGCAUAAUUUAUUAUUAUACGUGUUUUUGAUUUCGAUUUUAUAUUCAAUCCUAUUUUUCACGAUCGCAUUGAAUUUCAAAUAUGUCUUUAUAAACGGCGAAUGCUUUUAUUUUUGUGGACUAUUUCCCGUUGAGUGUCGUGGGAUGGAGUUGUGUUAGAAUAGCCUUGUAUUAUUUUAACUGCAUUUUACAAUUACGACAUGGGAAAACUAAGUAUAUUCACAAUGCGGCUGGCAAGUCUGCUGGUUCUUCACGCCGCGGGCGCUGGUCUAGCAUUCCCAACGGUCCUGGUCACCCGGCCAGUCUCCAAGGUCUCAGUGGAGUGGCUACCGAUCGACAACCAGACGGUGUACAGACUGGCUGAAGGUGAAAGCAGAAGUUUGGAACUGAACACCACGACGAUGUCUCAGACAGUGGUCUUCAUUACCAUCAGUCCUUGUUCGAGGGACAUCCACUGGGCCCUGUAUUAUGGAAAAACUGGGAGUAAUAAUGGGCAAUUAAGCCUGCAGAAAGAAAAUGGUAGUGGAGAAAUUAGUACAUUCUCACUAAAUAUAUCUCAACAUGAAAAAUAUAUUAUUGUGCUGUCAUCAACCAGAGGUGGCGCAGCCAUGGUCAGCGUCCGCGGCGAAGCGACCAGGCAAGUCCGAAUGCGACUACGAGUCAGGUCACGAAGAAGGUUAGCAGCUAACUGGGAACCCAGUCCCAUCGACCCUCAAGCAACAACGUAUUGUGUGGUGGCAUCGCACAGAAAGAACUACACGUCACUCUGCGCUGCACAGCACGACAUUAAAACUAGUCGUAUGGAGAACAAAUCCAACAGACUAAAUCAUGAUGAUGGAAAGAAAACUGAAAGACCAGUGAAUGGAACUAGAUUUAGUAUACUGACUGACGUUGAUAACAAAAUCAAUAUUGAUGCUGACAAUUUUAACCUGUAUGAUGGCAAUUUUAAUAACGUUUUUCGCCGGAAGAAGUUUGGUCGUAGUACCAAAGUGACAGAUGAAGACCCAGUUAUCGCGUGUGUCGGCGGAAGGACACACCAUCUUAUUGAAAAUUUAGACCCAAGCACGACGUACUUCGUCAGCGUAUUUGGCGUAGCUAAGGAUCGCCGUUCUGGGUCAUUAUUGGCGACCGGCAACGUGCGCCCGCGCACCUCAACAGCUAAGCGGCUGAAGGAAAACAUACCGAGUAAGGCUGACAUUCGGGGAAGAAACGUCUUUUAUUUCAAGGCAACAGUUGGUACUGGAGGCGGCCUUUGGCUGACGGUAACGACUUGCGGAGGUGCUGUUGAUGUUGAAGUUUUAGUGCGAGGAAAGAGGCUUCAUUUGGCCAGAAAUAUUGAUCCUCACGCGAAAUUCUUUGUCCCGGCUCCAAUUUCAACUUCUUCGAUGCAAGAAACCAGUGACGAAGGAUCCAUACAGUUCGACUCCAGCUCUGAGGAAGCUCGAAUGAGAUAUGUCGUCAAAGUGGUACCCAGUCGAUGGGAUAGGGAUGGAACUGUCGGUAUUGAGUUGGCAGCAUCAACAACUCGCUGGGGUGUGAGCACGCCAGAACUAACAGAUGGCGCCUCUAUAGUCAGAGAACUCCGACCCAAGAGAUCUUGUCGAUCCGUCGAUGUUGCUUUCUUACCCGCCACUCAUAAUGCUACAGACGUCAUCAGAUAUUGCAUCUUGGCUCGUGAAAUAAUGCCUGGUGAGGUCUACGUUUGUUGGUCGAAUAGAAAAUCAUCAUCGGUGAAAAGCCAGUGUGCUAGCCAUGGUCUUAAAACGGCCAAAGUUAUUAGGCAAAAAAUUAAUGGAUUAAAGGCGGGAAGGAAGUAUGCAAUUCAAGUCAUAGCGUCAAAUAAAGGUUAUACAAUUCCAUACAAUAUAUUGUAUGUAGAUACCAACGUAUCGUGUAAAGACGAUUAAUGUGACGUCACAUUUUGUAACGCAAGAAAAUUAUAAGCAACCAAACACAAGUUCAAAGAUCUUAAGAACUUAAAUGUCUUAAAACAAGUAUCGUCUCAUUACAAACAUGAACCUUACUGCCUCAUAAUAAAACCCUUUUUAUUUAUAUCAGUCGAGCUCUUUACAACUGGAUUUUAUAUUUUUCUUGCAUAACAAAAAGUACCUUUGGCAACAGUAUUAGUAGAUUAGCAGAGUAUGUGAGUGCAUAACGUGUUAAAAUUAUUUAUGUCAUAGCGUUUUUCAUGUUGCAGUCAUCUUGUUGAAUUAGCCAACUAAUUGGAUCUUUAGUCGGGUAAUUGAAUACCGCUAUCCAAUUAAUCGAAUUUCCAUCGUUUCCAUGUUCAAAAUUUAAUUAUUAGAAUCAAUCGUCAAUAACUUGUCCUAUUUCAGUAAACCCUUUAAUUACAAAAAUAAAAAAAAUGAUUUUAGUUUAUGACUAGCUGCCUUACCUGUCAUUCGAUAUUAUGUUAGAAUUGGGAUUUUACUGAUAACUGUACAGUUAUUGACAGAUUGCAUUUGACAAUGUUGAACGAGGUACUGCCUGUCAUAACACUCGAAUGUAUGAGUUGACAGUUCAAAGUGACGUGCCUUGUCAAAACAAAAUGUAAUUUUAUGUAAUUGUAGAAAUGUCAAUUGGAUUAAAAGGCUAUUGGUUAAUAAUGCUAGACAAUAAAUUAAACGGCUCUUUAAACUGAUUGGUUGCAACAUACAUUAUUAACUCUGUUCUAAGAAAUAAAUAAGCUUCGAAAUAAUAUAGAAUUAUGAUCUAAGAAAAUUUAAAAGAUCGAUUUAAGAAUAAUACAUACGUCUAAGAAUGUAAUUUAUUUACUUAUCGCAGUAAAAUUUAUGAUGUAUGAUUAAUUUUGUACAAAGGAAUCGAAUCAGGAUUUUUUUGUAAAAUGACAAUAGAUACGACUUAUCUACUUUUGACGUUUUGAAUUGACUAAUUUAACAGCAUUUAUCUUCACUUUGAACUUAUGUAAGCUAUGAUUAUAAAAUGUAAUUACUAAAUAUAACUAGGCUCUGAUAGAGUAGUACGUAUUUAUGUAAAAAUCGUGGUAAACGAAAAAUAAGAAAGCCUGUUUUUUGCGUUAUUCUGGAAGGGAGACAUUUUAAUGUGCUAAAGUGUUCGGCUAUUAUUUCCACUAGAGAUAUGUGCGAAGGAUGUUUUAAUGAACCAAUAGAAUCGUUUUAUUCACCUCGCCUCAGCUCAGUUCUAGAGGAGAUGGCUCGAAAUGCCAAUUUUUUCGCAUACAAAACAAAUGUGGGUGUGCAAGAAAUCUGUUAUGAAAUAUGCGAUAUACUGUAACGGCUUCGCACAGCACAUUAAUGUGCACUUCCAUAGCUCCACUUCACAUCCUCGUACAAGUUUUCCUCGCGUAUCUGUGGUGAAAACUUCCACCUAUUUUCACAGCAUAGCUAGAUUGCCUAAUAGCCUUACGCUACACAUUUCCCUCGCACAUAUCUCUGUGGAAACGCAGCCUUAAUUUACGAGAUGGUGUAAAGUCAAUUUAUUUAUUCGAGUUAAUGAUUUGACAUUUCAAGUGUUGCAUGUCUUUUUUUAUUUCGUGUUAGCAAUUCACAAGUACUAGCAAUCACUUGUCAUUAAUUGGUUUGGUAUUAUUAUUAUUGAUGACAUAAGCGCUUGUCAAAUUAGUGACUCGAAUUAAAAAGUAAAGUAUACGUUCCGAUACAACGAACGCUUCAUACGGUGGGAAUAGACAAGAAAACUUAAGGACAAGUGACACGCUUGUCUCUGCCCAUUUAAAAUUUGCACACUAAGUAAAAAAUAAUUAAGAAAUCUGUAAGUU